UUGUUUCUGUUGUACGUCGCAGUUCACCAAGAGUAUUGAAGCGUGAUUGGUCCGCUACUAGAUGGCGCUGAUCGGGGCUGAAGGACACGUGCUACGAACCGCCGAUCUGGCCCCACGUGGGAGGAGGAGGACGGACCACGCACGCCACCCGCCAUGAAUGAGUGGGAGGCAAGGGCACAGCGGGAGGGUGGCGAUGGCAGUGUUCUUUGGCGCAUGUGAAGAUUGCCGCUAAAGAAAAGACAAGGAGGCCAGGCAAAGGAGUAAGAACUGGAAAUAAUAGAGAAGGAAAGUGACACUAAGAAAGGACAAGCGUUGAAUGGGGGAAGAGGAGGGGAAGAGAUGGGUGGAGGUAAAGAAAGAGGAGAGGGAGUGCCACCACUGUACAUAAGGCACUGUGGCUCCCUCCCUUAGCUCAGUCCUGCACCAGCGCUCACGAGAGGUGCACACGGUCGCUGGCUCUCGACCCCUCUUACUCCUUCUCCCUCUCUAUCCCGCCCUCACUCUCCCCUCGCUCCCAUCGACAGGCGAGGCAGGAGGAGAGCAACCUGACCAUCCCUGCACCAUCCACCACCCUCCGUCACCUGAGGUUACUGUAAUGCAAUACCUGCAGGACAACUGUAUUUAUUAAUUCGACGAACCAGUGUUUUAAUGGUUUGGUCUGCGGCAGCCACAGGUGGACGUGUGUGGUGGUGACACGCACCUUCACCACUACACCACAAGCACACCAACACUACCAAGUACACUGAUCAACACAGAACAACACGUGACACACGUACACAAACAUUACAACUUCCAGCUACACUCAUUCUACAUCAAAGUACUAAGACAGUCAUACCCUGCUCGGGUUCUCACUGCCGCCACAACCAUCAUCACAGCACCGCCGCGAGGACGGACCGUUGUGCAUGUGCCGCGUGGCGCGACCAAACUCGUCGCCGGCAUUACGUAACGACAAGAAAGUGUAGUUGCUGCGCGGAACGUGAGAACAACUUGUCUGGCGCGUGUUGUGCAUGCCUCCGUGCGUGCGUGCGUACGUGCCUGCAUGUGUAUAGGCGUGUGAGAGCAAGGGUAGUGAGGCGCUGACUUAAAGGAAGAAAAAGGACUGGAUAGAGGACACGACUGCAGCGCACGGAAGAGGAAGUGAAGAAGGUGGUGGUGGUGGUGGUGGUGGUGGUGGAGUUGGUAUUCAUCGAGCGGGAGAAAAGGUGGUGUGUGUUAAGGUCAUUCCGUUCUUCUGUCACAGCCAAGCACAGUCCCAAGCAAAGCAGUAAAGUGCAGUGGUGAUGGAGUAUUGCUAUUGGUGGAGAAGUGAUUUACUAUGAGAGUGAAUAUUCGGGGAGAAAACCGAGACAUGAGGGAGGCGAGGAGCGGGAGAGCGAGGUAGCAGCAGCAACAGGAACACCGCCAAACCAUAGUGUGUGUUGCGUGCGCUUUGUGAGUCUAUCGGCGGUUGGAGAGACGUGAUGGUGGCCGGGGGGGCGGCGACCCUUCCCAGAGCCUCUACUGGAGUUGCCACCGCCUGGUCGAGGAUCAGUGGUGCCGCGAGGGAAUUGGGCCAAGGAUUACCUUCUCCCCAGGCUUUGACCGACGCCGGGGACCUGCCUACCGGAGGGGGGCCGUCUCUAUACGGGGAUGGCCCCGCCUCAUCGUUCCCGUCCCCGUCUGGAGGUUCCGAGGAAGGGGAGAGGAACGUAACAGGUGGUAGUGGGCAUAGGUUGCUGUGGUCUAUAUACAGAGCCAGUGGAGUGCACAGAAACGAGAGUGGAAGAAGCGGUAUUGAAGUGAGGGGAGGGAGUGAUGUGCAGGGCAGUGAUCAGCCCCUGAGUGCUGGUUAUAACCUGACGGUGGGUGGAGUGCUGGGCGAGUCAGGGGGAAGCGUGGAAAACGUAACAUCAAGUGUGGAGGAUACUAAAAGUCACGGACUCUUAGAUAUCCUGAUGGGCUCCACGCCGCCACUUUCCGAACGGAAUGUGACGCACCGCAACGCCUCGGUCAUCAAGGAGGCUCUCGGCUUCACUUUAGACUCCGGGGGUGACGUCUACACGUCCCCCUCGGAGACAGGUGGGCUGCAGAGGCUGCUGUUGGGCAGGCCGGAGCCAGUGUACCUCUCAGCCUUGGACGACAACCUGAGCGUGGAGCGCCCAAGUUUCUCCACCAUUACCAACUACACGGAGCCGCUCUUCGCAGACUACCCGCCUCAUCUCCUGGACUUCGCAGUGUUCUGCUGCGUCCUGUUCAUCGUGCUGGGCGUGCCAGGAAACCUCAUCACCAUUAUUGCCCUCGUCAAGUGCAAAAAGGUGCACAACGCCACGGGGGUCUUCAUCAUCAACCUCACCCUGUCUGAUCUCAUGUUCUGCGUGUUCAACCUCCCCCUGGCGGCGUCUCUGUUCGGCCAGUGUUCGUGGGUCCACACCGGGUUCGUCUGCCUGCUGUUCCCCAUCCUGCGGUACGGACUGGUCGCGGUGUCUGUUUUCACUGUGCUCGCUAUCACCAUUAAUCGCUACGUGAUGAUCGCACACCCGCAGCUCUACAACAAGGUGUACACUCGGGCUUGGCUGACGGUGAUGGUGCUGUCCACGUGGCUUGGGGCUUUCGGUGCUCUGGUGCCUACGUUGCUGGAGCUCUGGGGCACCUUCGGCCUCGACCCCACCAUCGGUUCCUGUACCAUCCUUCCAGACAGAGAUGGAAACUCCCCUAAGGAAUUCCUUUUCGUCUUCGCCUUCGUGCUGCCGUGCGUCGCCAUCUGUGUCUGUUACGCUCGCAUCUUCUUCAUCGUGCAUCGCGCUGACAAGAAGAGCCAUAGUAGCGGGCGUAUCCUUAAAGUUAACGGAAAGAGGCGGAAAACCCAACGUCUUACCACGUCACCAUACCGUGGCCCUCCCACUCCUGCCACCUUGCACCCCGUUCCCCUCAAUGACUGCCUGCAGCGGGAGACGCGUGCCAAGCUCUCCUCCAGCAGAAACUCCGUCAGGGUUGAGAUAGUGGAGCCAGAAAAAGAGGGAGAGAAUCCCAGUCUCAAGGAGAAGAGUGAACUUGGAAGGGACGGGGGCGGAAAGGUGGGGAGGACGCCCUCGCCGGACAUUACACCCGGUGACGCUCCAACGGACGCCUGCUCGCUACUGCGAACGGAGGUGAACGGCUUCUCAGGACACACUUCUCAGGAGGGCGGGGUGGUUCACGAGGUGCCCUACUCUCCUAUCAGAAUAUGUCCGCCCAGCGCGCCUGACUCGCCAGUGUCCCAGAAGUCAGGAGACAAACCGGAUGAGGACGAGGACGAAGAGGACAGGCGGGCCUCCACCAUAUCGGGAUCGGGGAAGGGUAACGCCUUCUCACAACUACGAGGAACAUUCCGAAGGACUGGUUCCUUUAUUUCCCGCCAGCCCAACCUCAGCCCAAAAGACCGACGGCUUCUGAAAAUGAUUCUGGUCAUAUUUAUGUCCUUCGUGGCGUGUUACCUUCCAAUCACGCUCGUCAAGACUUUCAGCAAGGAUGACAACCCCGUUCUCAACAUUCUGGGCCUGCUGCUCAUCUACAUGACUACCUGCAUCAACCCUAUCAUAUAUGUCGUCAUGUCCUCGGAGUACCGCCAGGCCUACGUCAGCCUCCUCACUUGCAAGAGAGAUGUGGACCCGACAAAUCGCUCCGUCACAAAAAUAUCCUGAAGACGAUCCCGGCCACGUUUCCAGCCGGCCAAGCGCGUCAUCGGGGUGUUCCGUUCACGUGGCUCCUCCGCCCCUCGACGCGGGCCGACUGGCAUGGAAGUGCCGGGAUUAUGUGUAACAGGUGUCGCGGCUGGGGGCGCCUGUGAUCUGGACUAUUCGUUAGGAUAGAGUCGCAUCCAGCUCAACUCUUAAAGAUAGAAAACGAGUCGUUGAGCUUUCAACUACAAACUAAAACAAUAGGUAUCUGCCGCCUACGCGACCGAGCGACCCCUCCCGGCUCUCUCACUUCUCGCUCAGGUUGCCUCGAGCCUAGCUUUUAUACAAAGGAACACUUGUUCGCACAAGAAAUCAUGACAAGUGCAGGUUGAAUUCUCUGAAUGUUCAUUCUCAUAGUUUUGUUUUUCACUUGUAACGCGUCCCGCGCUGUCUCGUCACCGCCUGACGGGCCCAUCGGGACUUGCCUGAUAACCAGCUCAUCUGCCGUUUUGUACAGCUUUGAUGAUCAACUGGAGGCCGCAUUGUGACCUCGUUUAUUAAUUCUCUAUUUCAUGUCAUUCUUUUUUGUGUUUUUCUAUGAGACUUCACAAGUGUCAGUGCUACUGUAUCUUCCCUUCUCACUGUAGCACUGUCAUUAGCUACGCUUCUCCACAAGUGUGUGUAAAGCAUAAUUACGUGCAUUGGAAAACGAGUGACCGAGGUAACAGUGGUGCCGGGAAAGGUUAAUAAUGCCCGUGGUCCGCAGCGGCCCAUAACGCAACUUAUCAAGCACUCCCUUUAGAUCUUUCUUAGAUUCUCUCAAAUGGGGAUCUUCCUCCUCUUCUUCCUUUCUGUAUUCCUGUUCCUCCUCUCCCUACUCCUCUUCUUCAACAUCGAUUCAGCAGCAAACAAAUAACGUAAAACAUUUUUCUUUUUAUAUUAGCAUACUAUUUUUUCGUCUUUUUAAUAUAUGUAUUUUUUUCUUCCUGAUUCAGAAAACAAACGAUAUUUUCAUGCCUUAUUUACUUUGUUGUAACUCUCCCAAGCUUUUAUGUUCCUUAUUAACCUCACAGGUUAUGAAAAACCAUUGUUCUCUUUAAUCGAGUCACCGCAUCUUGAUUGCUUAUAUUAAUGAAGACCACUUUUCUUUACUUUCAUUUCAUUCGCACGUUAUUCACUCUGCUCUAUUUAUAACUUUAACUUCAUCUCAUUUAUUCUCAUUUCUCAUUUCCUUUCUCCUCCUCCUCCUCCUCCUCCUCUUCCUCCUCCUCCUCCUCCUCCUCCUCCUCCUCCUCCUCCUCCUCCUCC